UUGACGAGUCGUCACGGUGCUUUUAAUCGCAGCGAUUUGUGGGGAGUUGAGAUCCACGUGAAGUGAUAACUCACUCGUCUUUCAACACCAAGACUGAUAAAGACGUUUCAUUCUACACUGGAAAAACAAAACGGUUUCGGCCAAACCUAAUUACCAAUGAACAAAAUGUACUAAAAACUCAUUUAGAAGAAUAUCGCUCAUCUUUUUAAGCUAAUUGUUUGUUCACCCUCCAAUGUGAUUAAAUUGUAAUAUCUUACAGUGAAGUAAAUAUUUGUAUGAAAAACCUUCUUGGGCCAUUCAUAUAUGAAACAAGCGGCCAUAAUAUCAAAUAUCCUCAUCACUUGUUGCUAGGUAGAAUUGAUGGGACCAUAUUUUGCAAAAAUAUAUCAAAUUCCAGGACUACUUAGUAUCACCCUACCAGAGCGCAAUCUACUGGAUAUGGCACUCCUAUACUUGCUCCAAAUCCAAAAUGGUUAAUAGUGUCAUGGUUUAUUGUGAGUGUGUUUUUCCAUGCAGCCAAACCAGUUGGGCUGCAGUUCUAAUGAGCUCCCUCAGGGCCCUGUACAGUGUUUGAUGACAUUCACUUUAGAACUCAUUCGAGAGAGGUGUCCAAGUCCUCCACUACAAGUUCUGCUUGGUGUCAAAACAAAAAGCUCCUACAACUCAUAGGAAAACGCUCCUACAAAGUUUUUGUUGUUUAUUCUCUUGUACAGCACGCCAGAGCACAUGGACCAGCUACCCAACUGGUCUGGUGCGGGAGAUGAUAUCACGGACGAGACUGCGUCACUGAUAGAGGAGGAGGAGGAGGAUCAGAGCUCAGACAACCAGCCAAACUGCACUCCGUCUGUACCUCAAGUGCCUACCUACAAACAGAGACGAGAUGAGUUCCGGAGGUUAUUCAAAGACGUUGCGAGCUCAGAAAUACUCCUGCUCGACUACCCAUGUGCUCUCCAUCGAGACGUGGGCCUCCUCCUGCAGGGGCGCCUCUACCUCACCCAAAAUUGUCUAUGUUUCUGCAGCAGUGUCUUCGGACGCACUAAGAUUAGCCUGGCCCUCAAAGACAUCAGCCACAUGAGCAGGGAAAAAACAGCACGCCUAAUCCCUAACGCCAUCGAGAUCCGCAGCAGUAAAGAAAAGCUCUUCUUCACUUCCUUCGCCUCGAGAGAGAAGAGUUUCACCGGGGUUUUCCGCCUGUGGCAGAAUGCGCUGCUGUACAAGUCGCUGACCAAAGAAGAGGGCUGGCAGAUGGUCAGGCAGCACUAUGGAAAUGAGCUGGGCCUGAGCCAUGAAGAGAUGGAGAGCACACACUUUUCUGCAGACUUAAGCAUGCACAGUAGGCACGAGGGCGACGACGGCUACCUUGCAAAGUUUGAGAGGACGUCCUCCGGGCGUAUGCGAGCAGACCUGCCGUCUUUUGAAUAUGAUGACGUCUCCUCUGCUGCAAGUUCACAGAAGUCUCCUUUCGAGGAGGAGCGCCGUGUCUCCCUGCCUCCGCGCCGCAAUGCCGUUGCGCUCAUGGAGCGCUUGGAACCUGAAUCUGUCGCUAGGUCUUUGCCGCCUUCUUCGGAAGAACCAGGCGGCGUUUCUCAGGAGAGCGGAUCGGAGAGUGUGGAAGAAGGUAAGGAAGAUGCACCCGAGGAGCGAAUUGGGCUGCUGAAGGAGCAGGGUCGCCUGAACCUCAACAAGGUCUUCCACAUGAGCGCCAGCCGAAUGUUCGACAUGCUCUUCACAGAGUCCAAAUUUAUCCACCGCUUCAUGAACGUGCGCAAGAUAACCGAUCCGAGUUUUGAGGCGUGGCAAAAAGAUCCCGGCGGGGACAUGAAGAGGACCCUGAACUACACCAUCACCAUCAGUAACCCUCUGAUUGGCAAAUUCUCCACGGCAACCGAGAACCAGACGCUCUACAAAGAAUCUCGAGACGGUCAGUAUUACCAGGUGGACUCGGAAGUGUACACGCACGACGUGCCCUACCACGACUACUUCUACACGCAGAAUCGCUACUUCAUUAAACACCACACCAAGCACAAGUGUCGACUCAAGGUAUACACGUACGUCAAAUACAAGAAGCAGCCGUGGGGCCUGGUCAAGUCCUUCAUCACCAAGAACUCCUGGAGCGGCAUUGAAGAUUAUUUCAAACAGCUGGAGGCGGAGCUUCUGGAGGAGGAGGCCGAGAUCAACCAGGGAGCGGCGGAGACCGGUGGGGGGCGGCGGAGACGGCGGACGUUCAGCCGGACCAUGCUGGAGCACAUGAAGCCCAAAAAUCUUUUCGGCCAAUCACACGACGAGCACGGAGACGGCCCGGGUGAGAUGAGCGCCCCGCGCAGAUGGAACAUCACGGCCAUCGUGGCUGCCUUGAGUGUGAUUCUUCUGCUCCUGACGGUACUAAACGUGGGCUUAUUCAUCAAGUUGUGGGCCAUGGAGGACGUGGCCCACCGCAUGUACCUGACCACAAAGCAUCGGCUGAGGGAGAAGACUGAGGCCAGCGUGGCGCCCGAGUACGCUUCCAGGCAGGGUCCACCGUUCAGGAGCAGAGAGGAGGCGCAGUUGCUCAGAACCGUGCUGCAGGACUCGAUUAACCUUCUAGAGCAGCUCCGACGGACUCUGUUGCUGCUGCAGCAGAACUUUGCAUCUGCCAAUCAAACAGCGUGACGCGAUGGUCAACCUCACCCUGUUUUUAUUGCUCUUGACUGACCUCUUGAACUGUGCCUUUAGUGUGAGUCACACACAAAAAAACAAAUGUUAAUACUUUAUCUUUUUGUUUUAUCCAGAAAGUGAAUCCUUUUUUUUUUUUAAUGAUGUUGUUGUAUACAAGUUUGCACAUUUUUAAUCUUAUUCGCCUAAGGGCUUUGAGCCCAGGAUGUGUUUUUAGAAAUUUCUUGAAAUAAAUAGGAUCAGUCAAGUCUUAUUUUUAGAUUUCCCCUUUUAUGAACCCACACACACACACACACACUCGCAUUCACCCUGAUGUUUCGUUGAAUGUGUUUAUAUACACUUCUUGUUGUAAAUGCAUGUUUCCUGACCACUGUUGUGCAUAAAUGUUAAGUUUCAUGUUUACAUUGUUGCCGUCACUGUUCUAUUUUGGCCACUUGGGUGAACUUAUCCCCCCCCCCCUCAAUAAACUGUGAGUCUUCAAAUCCAAA